GUAUUGUCUCUUACUAAAAAUAUGCGACUCCAAAAUAAUUUGGAUAUGACAAGUGCUACCGAGCUCAAAGAAUUUUCAAAAUGGAUAUUGGAUGUGGGAGAUGGAAAAAUAUCAGAGCCAAAUGAUGGUUAUGCAGAAAUAAAGAUUCCAGAUGAGUUUUUGAUUAAAGAAUUUGAUGAUCCAAUAGAUGCAAUAGUCCGUAGCACGUAUCCGAACUUGCUGGAGCAAUACAAAAAUGAGGAAUUUCUCAAGUCUAGAGCUGUCUUGGCAUCAACUAUUGAAAUUGUCGAUAAAAUUAACGACUAUGUUCUUUCAACGCUCCCAGGUGAAGAAAGAGAAUAUUUAAGUUGCGAUUCUGUAGACAAGUCGGAUGUAGUUGAAGCAGAAGCAUUUGAAGCGUUGACACCAGAGUUUCUCAAUUCCUUGAGAACAUCAGGUCUCCCAAAUCACAACAUACGACUUAAGGUUGGGACUCCAGUAAUGUUGCUAAGAAAUAUAGACCAAUCAGAAGGACUAUGCAAUGGAACUAGAUUGAUUGUCACAAGACUGGGUAAUCAUGUCAUUGGAGCAAGAAUCAUGUCUGAAGGCAAUGGUGGAGAUGAGAUUUACAUACCUCGAAUGUGUAUGUCUCCUUCUCAAUCACCAUGACCUUUUAAACUUAUCAGAAGACAAUUUCCUAUAAUGGUCUCAUAUGCGAUGACAAUCAAUAAAUCUCAAGGACAGUCACUGGAAAGAGUUGGAUUAUACUUGCCUAGACCUGUUUUUAGUCAUGGACAAUUGUAUGUGGCAUUGUCAAGAGUUCAGAGCAAACAUGGAUUGAAGAUUUUAAUACAUGAUAAGGAUGGUAAAUC